GAAGUAAACUGCAGUAACUGGCGUUAAAUUGCUCCAGUUCGUUCGCUUUUGCAUUGCGUCCAAAGAAAAUCAGAAAAAUGUCGAAGAGGAAUCCAGGAGACGAAUAUAGAAAAGGGUCAAGUGUGUACAGAGCAGAGGACUCCAGGGGAGAUGACACAGGAAGGGAUCGUUCGCCAAUUAGAUCAGAAGACCGUUGUGAGGCUAGUAAUUACAAUCAAAGUGAUGCAAAGAAACAGAAGCUGACAUUUGGAUUUGGCAAGAAAAGUGGUACGGAACAGAAGAAGGGUAUUCAGAUAAAGCUGGGCUCAACAUCGAAACCUACAGUAAAGGCAACACCAGUUCAAAGGCCAACAGUAGCAUCUGUAUUUAAUGCAGAUGAAGAGGAUGAACCUGAAGAAAUGCCAGCAGAAGCAAGGAUGAGAAUGAGAAAUAUUGGGAGAGAAACACCAACCUCUGCUGGACCAAAUUCGUUUGGUAAAACAAAGCAAGGAUUUUGUGAUUCAAAAAAAAUAUUUGAAAAAACGCUCAAGAAAGCAAUGGAGGAAGCAAAUAAAUGAUUCCUUCCCUGUACUGGGCAAUUGUUAAUUGUACAUUAAUUUUACAAAAAAAAAAAAGAUGCAACAAUAGCAAAGUCCUUGCUACAGUUAUGUAUUUGCAAAUUAUUUUUAUCAAUUUUACGCAUUAUUGGCAAAAGUUAGAUCUGAAGUUUCGACUUCACGUGUAAUAUCACAUUUUGAAAUUGAUCAAAUAUUAGCUAUCUGAUAGUAUUUGCUAAUAUUAAGACUGCACUCAAAAUGUGUUAUUUCUUUAUGUAUCUCACGAGGAAAUAUGCAUGUAUGACAAAUUCAAUCUAUGUAAUUUUGCAUUGUUCAUUACUAAUGUAUUGAUUUUGAAUCAUAUAACAAAUUUAAACAAAUGACUUUAGGAAUUAUAGGAAAAUUAUAGAAUAAUUUAUCUUGUAACUUGUAGAAUAAAUGAUAUAAAUAAAGAACAG